CGGAGGGUUUUAGAGACGAAAUUGGCUAGAGUGAAAGGGAGCGAGAAGGAGAGCAAAUCCGCAAUUAAUGAAAGGAAGGAGGUUAAAGAAGAGAGCUAAUCUCUAGGCCGCCUCUUCCCGUCACUGGAUCUCCAUGCGUUGCUCUGUUUUCCAUGUGAGACGGCAUUCGAUUAGAAUCUGCAAACAAUUGUGCUGUUGCCAUCGAUUUCUGAGAUUUUCCCAUCGUUGCAGCACCGUCGAAGCCCUGGAUUUUCCAGAGGAAAUUUCCAAUUCGGAAUUCUGUGAUAGAAAACCGGAUCAAAAUCCGAUCUUUUGUUCUCCAUCUCCAAAUGGGAAGCCUCGUCUCUCGUUUCAUGAUCAAAGCUUUGAAGAGAGCUGCACUUCUAGGCGCGGCGAGCUCUGGGAAUCUGCCCGAAUGUGUCUUCGUCGAAAGAUGCAAGAGUGCGCGAGGGAAGGGUACUUGGUGGAAGCUUUGGAUGCUUUGAGGCUCAUGGAACCGAGUGUGCUUGAUUGUAAUGCACUUCUGCAUUGUUAUCUCAAAUCAGGCCGUGUUUGUGUUGAUGAAUUGCGGAAAGUUUUUGAAGGGAUGAAAAGAAUCGGACCGUAUCCGAAUGUUUGGACGUUCAAUACACUCUUUAAUGGAAUGUGUACACUAGGGCGUUUAAAAGAUGCUCGCUUUAUAGUUGAGGAAAUGUGCAGUUAUGGAUUCGUUCCAUCUUUUGCAUCACUGAAGAGAUUGAUCAGGAAAUCUCUCAGUUCAGGUACCCUUGAACUCUCUCUCGACAUACUAGAAUUGAUGCUGAAAUUUGAUUACUUGCCGACAUUGCCAAUUUUAAAUUCAUUGAUUUCUAGACUCAUAAGAGCCUGCAGGAUUAGGGAGGCUUAUAACAUUCUUUCACAGUGUUUGGAGAAAGGUUUAGUUCCUAAUGUGUGCACUUACAAUCCUGUUCUUUUUGGUUUAUGCAAGUCUGGCCAGAGCUAUACUGCUUUGUCAUUUUUCUACGGUUUGAGAAAGAAAGGAUUUUGUUGUAAUCUGUACUCUUUUACAGCACUGGUUCUUGGAUUCAGUAUGGAAGGGCUGUGGAAAGAAGCUUAUCGGGUUUUGGAACAUAUGCGUGAUGAUGGGUAUAUGCCUACUGUUGUCGUGUACACUAUACUUAUAAAAUUCCUCUGUAAAGAUAGGAAGAUUAAGGAUGCAAUCAGCAUUUUUGAGACGAUGGAGAAAGAAGGCUGUCAUCCAGAUUUAGUCACAUGUAAUAUACUACUCCAUGCACUUUGCUGCCACAAUAAGUUCCAAGAAGCCCAUGAACUAGUUCAGUUUAUGGAACAGAAGGGGUACCUUCCUGAUCAGUUCACCCACUGUGCUCUAGCUAGUGGUUUGUUAAAAUCUGGGUAUGUAAGAAAUUCCCAAGAUUAUCUGCUCAAUAUACUUUAUAGGAGAAAUGAUGUUGAUACUGUCACUUGGAAUAUCUAUAUUCAUAGCUUAUGCUGUGAUAGCAGAGCACAAGAGGCAUUAAAUUUGGUAAGCAGUAUGUUGGAUAAGGGUUUUGUCCCAACGACUGUAACAUAUAACACCAUAUUGAAAGGGCUUUGUAGGGAAGAGAACAUUGAUGAGGCAUUGGAGGUUCUAGAUCAUUUUGAUUGGAGUGGAAAUGGACCUGACUUGAUUUCCUUUAAUACAAUUUUGUCUGCAGCAGGCAAACAAGGAAACUCUUCGAUGAUCCGCAGGAUUCUUUAUCGAAUGGAUGUUGAAGGAAUCAAGCUUAACGUUGUCAGUAUGACUUGUUUGAUGCACUAUUUUUGUAAAGUGCGUAGGUUUGUAGAGUGCUUUAAGCUCUUUGAGCAUAUGAUAUGUGAUGGACACAGGCCUACCGCAACGACUCUAAAUGUAUUGCUUGACAGCCUUUGCAAGAAAGGGUUGCUUGCAGAUGCAUACAGGAUAUUUAGUGAGUUCAAGAAUAUUGGGACAUUCCCAGAUACUGCCUCAUAUAAUAUUCUCAUACAUGCUUCAAUUAGGAAAGCUGACUACGUCUCAGUGAAGUGUUUGUUGACUGAUAUGUACAGUCGUGGUUUGGUGCCUGACGCCAUCACCUAUGGGUCUCUGAGUUAUGGCCUUUGCAAGGAGGGGAAUGUUAAUGUUGCCCUUCAUUUGGAGGACUGGAUGAUAGAGAGUGGAGUUUCACCAAGCAUCUCUUACUACAACACUUUAAUGGAUGCUGCAUUUAGAAUGGGUAGAUUGUGGGAUGUCUUCCUAAUACUGAUUAAGAUGCAAUUAGAAGGAAUUGAACCAGAUGCUAUUUCCUUCAAAAUCUUAAGCCGUGCAAUGGCAAAAGGUGGGACAAAACAAUUUCCCAAGGCCAUGAAAUUCCUUGAGUUCCUGAUGAACAGAGGGGAGAAACCUCUGGACCUGGAGGUUGGAUGAAAAUAUAAGUUGUGUCCUCUGAGCUUGUCAUAUCAUUCACUAGGCCUUGCCUUUGAAGGCACAAGCACGUGAACUUGGCCUCUGUUAUCAUGUAUUGCUGACCCUUCUGUAGCGAUACAGUCAACAUGUGAAACAGUCACACUGAAGCACUCGACAAGUGGUAAUGCUUAUUUACUUGGACGUAACAUAUCAGAUCCUCUUUGACUUGCUACAUGUCCUUUGUAAGCUGAAAGUUGGCAAACAUUAAUAUGCAGAAGCCUACAUCUUUGCAUCUGUUUGGCAGCUAGGUAGAAGAUUACAGGCACACACACAAACACAAUGUUGGAACUAUAUUGAAGAAUAGUUGGUUCUAUAUUUUUCUUGUUCCUUAGAGGAAAGGUCUUCACUUCUUAAUUCUGCUAGAUUGUCCAUUUUUCUGAAAUGUUAGUAGAACUUUAGGAAUCCUUUCUUUGUUAUUUGAAAUCUGUAGUUAGCAUUUCAUUACUCUCUC